AUGCAACUGCUUUUGGUUUUUCUUCCUGUAUUUUUUGCUACAGCUUUUGCACAAAAGAAGUGCAAAUCAAAAUAUAAGGACGCGAAUUUGAUCGUGGUCAAUGAAACGGAACGACUCGCUCUGCACUACUUCAAAACCAAGAAUUGGAAAUACGAAUGCGAACUUGCAAGAAUAGCAGACGCUACCGUGUCACGUGGAACGGUGACGGAUCGGGAAAAAAUCAAAGCCAUCGUAUUUACAUUGAAAGGAUUGUGUCGCCCGCACCGGCUCAUCUCCCUCAAAAGCGCAGCUGCAAUUGCUGAAAGAUUUAUGCAAAAAUCAACAAAUGCUAACCUUUUGUAUAAUUUGCGAGAUUAUCUCAGAGGAGCCCAAGGCAUUGGAUGCUCAUUCGAAUGUGCUACAGAUGGAAAAACUUUCAGAGUGGUGUGCUAUGUUCGCUUGGUUUGA